AUUGUAGGCGGCCGACUCGGUCUCCUUAUCCGGUCCAACCCAACCUACCCCACCUGCACGGCGUCCGCCCCGGCUCGCGCAAUAAACAAUUGUCAGGGUCGAAUCCACCUUCCUUUCCCCUUCCUCUCCGUGCCCUCCCCGACACGCGUUCCCCCUAAUCCUCCCACCUUGCUAGAGAUCCCCAAAUCCGCCGCGGCGGGCUUCGAAUUCGAUCCCCUUCCCGACCGUCAGCUCGAUCUGAUCGGCGGAGCGGAGAGAGCAGCCACCUCCCAGCCAUGUGGGCGGCGUCGUGCCUGGCGUCGUGCUGCGCGGCGUGCGCGUGCGAGGCCUGCCGGACGGCGGUCGGCAGCAUCGGCCGCCGCUCCGCGCGCAUCGCCUACUGCGGCCUCUUCGCGCUCUCCCUCUUCGCCUCCUGGGCGCUCCGCGAGGUGGCCGCGCCCCUCCUCCAGUCCAUCCCAUGGAUUAACCACUUCCACAAGACGCCGGACCGCGAGUGGUUCGAGACCGACGCGGUGCUCAGGGUCAGCCUCGGAAACUUCCUCUUCUUCACCAUCCUCGCCGUCAUCAUGGCCGGGAUAAAGGACCAGAAGGACCCCCGUGACAAGAUCCACCACGGAGGAUGGAUGGCCAAGAUCUUCUGCUGGGCCAUCAUCGUCUUCCUCAUGUUCUUCGUGCCCAACGGCGUCGUCAGCUUCUAUGAGUCGAUUUCCAAGUUUGGAUCCGGGCUGUUCCUUCUUGUUCAGGUUGUUCUUCUGUUGGACUUUGUGCACGGAUGGAAUGAGAACUGGGUUGCUAAGGAUGAACAGUUCUGGUACAUGGCUCUAUUGGUUGUCUCAGUUGUCUGUUACAUUGCCACAUUCUCAUUCUCGGGUCUUCUGUUUCACUGGUUCACUCCAUCCGGACAUGACUGUGGACUCAACCUGUUCUUCAUUGUCUUCACAUUGAUUCUUGUUUUUGCGUUUGCUAUUGUUGCCCUGCACCCAAAGGUCAAUGGUAGCUUGUUGCCUGCAUCAGUUAUUGGUCUCUACUGCACCUAUCUGUGCUACAGUGGACUCUCUAGUGAGCCCAGGGAUUACGAGUGCAACGGGCUUCACAAUCACUCAAAAGCUGUGUCAACUGGUAGCCUUACACUGGGACUGCUAACCACCAUCCUUUCCGUGGUCUACUCUGCUGUCCGUGCUGGCUCUUCCGCAACCGUGCUCUCUCCACCAGACUCACCACGUGGUACCGACAAGCCAUUGCUUCCCUUCAGCAAGGCUGAUGAACAAGAAGAUAAGAAGGAUGUGCCAAGGCCUGUGACAUACUCCUACUCUUUCUUCCACCUCAUCUUCUCCCUGGCCAGCAUGUACUCAGCAAUGCUCUUGACUGGCUGGUCAACCUCCAUUGGUGAGAGCGGAAAGCUUGUUGAUGUUGGGUGGCCAUCUGUCUGGGUCAGGAUUGCAACCCAGUGGGCAACCGCAGGUCUGUUCAUAUGGUCCCUUGUUGCUCCCAUCCUCUUUCCCGACAGGGAAUUCUAGGUCAACUGGGACAACCUGUGGAUGCGUGCAUCCCUUUGGAGCAUCAAGCGCUUCUACUGUGGUAGCUAAUCUAUCCUAUCAAAAUAUUUGGUCUGUAAUACAUUGGUGUUUGUAAAUCGAUGGAAUGAUGUCAGUGUUUGUCGAUGGUUAUCGAGUCUGUCAACUUAAUAAUAUUCGGCAUCAGGCUUGUGCCAUUAUGUGAAACAGUGAAAUUGUGCUGCGUGUAUUGUAUAUAUUGGAGUUUAUCUGUGUCUA